UUUCUGUAGAAAAUGUUUCCUGACCGCAAUGAGAGAAAGUGGAAUACAUUGUCCCUUGUGUCGUGGAAAUGUGACUAGAAGAGAAAGAGCAUGUCCAGAACGGGCCUUAGAUCUUGAAAACAUCAUGCGCAAGUUUUCUGGUAGCUGCAGAUGUUGUGCAAAACAGAUUAAGUUUUAUCGCAUGAGACAUCAUUACAAAUCUUGUAAGAAGUAUCAGGAUGAAUAUGGUGUUUCUUCUGUCAUUCCAAACUUUCACAUUUCUCAAGAUUCUGUAGGGAACAGUAAUAGGAGUGAAACAUCCACAUCUGAUAAUACAGAUACUUACCAAGAGAAUACAAGUUCCUCUGGGCAUCCCACCUUCAAGUGUCCCUUGUGUCAAGAGUCCAAUUUUACCAGACAACGCCUCCUGGAUCACUGUAAUAGUAACCACCUAUUCCAGAUAGUUCCUGUGACAUGUCCUAUUUGUGUGUCUCUUCCUUGGGGAGAUCCUAGCCAGAUUACUAGAAAUUUCGUUAGUCAUCUAAAUCAAAGACAUCAGUUUGAUUAUGGAGAAUUUGUGAAUCUUCAGCUAGAUGAGGAGACCCAGUAUCAGACUGCUGUUGAAGAAUCUUUUCAAGUAAACAUCUAAAGUCUGUAGACACCUUUGCAUCUUUGUGCCUGCAAGUGCCAUCUUGAAGGGAAAAUUACAUGAAGUCAUCGUUUCAAUAACUUGAUGUGUAUAUUAAUAAAAGUACUUCAGUCUAUUUAAGUUUUUUAAUUAAAAAAUGAAGGUAGGCCACCAAAAAUUUUUAUUUCAUCCUUUUGACGAGUUAAAAAAAUGAAAGUUACAAUAUUACUUUGAAAGCAUGAAAAAGAUUAUAUUUUACUAAUGUAUUGGUGGAAAGGGAAUUCCUGUUGUACUUUAUCUCUUUUUAUAUUACAUAUGAUUGGAUUUUUUUAUUGCUAUGUUGCUUUUGAAAUUUGGUGCAAUUCUUCCCAUUUACUUUUUUGUACACAGGUAAUACAGUAGCAAAUCUGAAAGAUGCUUUUAAUGUAAACCUAACAAAUCUGAGCCAGUUGUCAGAGUUGCAGAAUGGAAACUUGAAGUGCUAAGGGGAAUAAUCCAAAGGAAGUUUUUAAAAAUACAUUCUAGCUGAAGAAUUCAACUAUGAAAAAAAUGUAUUUAUAUAACGUUCAGUAUUUUUGAAAACUAGUGAGAUUUUUCUUUAGCAAUUAAACUUUAAAAAGUGUAAGGUCAUUGUAAGAAUAUUUUUUUUUUUGCUAUUAACGAGAAAUAUCAAGACAAAAAUGUAUUUCUUCGUUGAGCAGCAAGUCAUUUCCAUCUUGUUUGUUUGGCUCAUUUGUAAACCUGAUACAUCCCAAGCUGUGUAACAGUUAUUUGGCCUCAGAACUUUCAAUAUCCAGUGUUUCUCAAUAGCUAAGAUCAAACUUACAGUAGAAACUUUUGGGUGAUGAUACAUUCUACAGAUAAAUGUUUUUAAAAAAUGCAUUCAGAGCUAAAGAUAUGUAUGCAUACAUUUUUGUAUGCAUACGUAUAUACAUACACAUUUUUGCAUGCAAUGUGUCAGGUUAUGUACAGAAUUUCUAUUAAGGAUUUUAAAAAUGAAAAAGCAAUAUAGGAUUGAAGUGUUUAUCUGGCUUGAUUAAAAUUUUGUAUGUCACUGAACUUUAAAAAUGUAACAAAUGUUAAAUGGAAUAGUUGGCUGCUAUUACAUCUUAAAAAUUGAGUUUACACAUAAUUACCUGUAUAUGGUGCUCAUUUGUUACUCUCAAAAAUAAUGUGCAACUGGUAAAUUUUUACCAGCCACUGUUUUCACUACUUUUUUGUCAAAAUGAGGUUUGUUCUUAGUAUUCAGUAAUGGGAAUCCUAAAGUAUUUUGUGGAAGGGCCAAAUUACAGAAUAAAAGGUGAAGGAGAGUGGAUUUGCUGACAUUCCAUACUAAUAUACAAUGUUUAUGCUUUCUUUAAAAUAAAUAACUAAAAAAAUUUUAAAAUCUCAGAAGUAGUUUGCUGCUAAUACAUACAUAUAUUGUAUAAAAAGAUGUAUUUUGGUUCUCCUAAAACCCUUGUUGACUUUUCUACAGUGAACAUCUUUUUAAACUUGAUUUAAUAAAAGUUAAUUUUGGAAGUGGAGUUUUUAUAAAAACCUUUUUCAGCCAAACAGUAAUGACUUUAUUUAUAGAUAGUAAUAAUAAUCACACAAAAAAGCCAUACAUCUUAAAGCCUUCAUUCUGUCCUUCUCAAGUGAUGUCAAAGAACUCUUUUAAAAAGAGACUUUGACCAUAGUUUUUUCCAUUUUAAAGCAAUAACUUUAGUGAUUUCUUUCAAAGUUUAAUGUGUCCACUGUCAGCCUAAACCAUUCUGGAAUUUCGAAGAUUCUUUAAAGGAAAAUUGUAGUAGAGAUCUUCUUGAUGAAGUUGUAUAUUGAAAUUUUGUGAAUGAGUUACAUAUUAAUAGCCUGGUGUAUCUUUCGUAUAAGUUUUGUCAAUAAGGAAAAUAGUGACUUUGCUUUUCUAUGGGAAAUUCUCAGUAUGGGAAUAAUGGUUUAAAAUCUCCCUUCCUUUGGUCAGUGGGUUAGGAGUAAGGAUGGUAGACUACAGAUUUAAUUCAUCAUCAUCUCAUUUAUGGAAAAAGUCCUUAGUUUUAAUAAUUGCUUUAAGAUGAGCCAGGAUAAAAGAGGGAAUACUUGAAUACCUAAAUUUCAGAAACUACUUAGGAAAGCUUUCUCAACAAAUUACUGUUUCUGUUAUUACCCACGGUCUUAUUUGAAAUGUAUGGCUUUAUUUUUCAAUUAAAAGUGGCUUUCUCCUA